AUGGAUGAUAAUGAUAAUCAUGAAGCAUUACUCAAUUCACCGUUAAUAAAGAAUAAAAUUUGUCGUCCACGUUUGGUCGCUAAAGAUGGUCGCUGUGUACUGCGACAAAUUGGAAUGCCUCAUCCAUGUCGAUCUGUUUACAAGAAUUGGUUCCAUUUGGUGAUCGAAUGUAGUUGGCGAAUUAUUUUGUGUGUUUUUGCUAGCGGUUUUAUUAUUACUUGGAUCAUUUUUGCUCUAAUUUAUUAUCUUACUAUACUGCCCGACCAAUCAAUUAGAAAGAAAGAGAAUGAGCAGUGUAUUGCAAAUGUUUACGAUUUUAAGACUGCCUUCCUAUUCAGUUUGGAAACACAACAUACUAUUGGUUAUGGAUUUCGAUAUGUAACAGAUGCAUGUUUACCGAUUGUUUUUAUCUUAUCAUUGCAAUGUAUUGCGGGUGUUUUCAUGCAAACAAUGUUAAGUGGCAUUGUUAUUGCUAAAUUGUUGCGUCCAAAAAAACGAAAGCAGGAAAUGCGAUUUUCUCAGGUAGCAGUAAUCGAUCCAAUGAGUGAUACGGAUGGAAGACCGAUAUUGAUGAUACGAAUUGCUGAUAUACAAAAUAAUUUGUAUAUUGCUGAGCCACAUGUUCGAUUAUACAUAGCAACUUCAAAAAUAAAUAAAAAAGGUGAACGGGAAUUGGCUGAUUUUAAAGAUAUGGAUGUUGGCUAUGAUGCUGGUUGGGAUCGUAUACUUCUAUUAUGGCCAAUAAUAGUGAGACAUUUAAUUGAUGAUCAAAGUCCGUUAUUUGGGAUGACACCUGAUGUGAUGCAUAAUGCUCAUUUCGAGCUUAUUAUGACUGUCGAAGGUAUUGUCGAAGCUACCGGUAUGACAUUCCAGGCUCGAACUUCAUUUUUACCUGAUGAGAUACUCUGGGGAUACAGAUUUCGUUCGAUGGUUGUAUUAAAUGAAAAAAUUGGCAGGUAUGAAAUACAGUAUAAAUUAUUUGAUGAAAUUGAAUCAGUUGAUGGGAUAAAUCUGAAAGCAAUGGAAAUUGAUGAUAAUAAUGAUGAUUAUGAUUCAUCAAGAAAUAUCUCCGGAUUCAUUUGA